UUCAUAUCUCAUACUCCAUAAGUCACCCAGAAAUGAGUAACUUGCUAGCAGUUGGACCUAACAUAUUUUCAACGAGUUUAAUAAUUAACUGCCGCCAAUUUGUAGCAGUAUUCCGUACCAAGUAUUCUUGCUAAUAGAGGGAGCAGGAUCCUCACUCCAAAAUAAAAAAAAAAAUGAUUUCUCUGUAAAUUCUUCAUUCACAUCACUUCUUUGCAUCCUGCUUACUUUCUGCUACCAUACAUCCUACAAAUCUUUUUUCUUCUACAAGACUUCGACAUUUUAUUAUAAUUACACAAUUUGAAUUGAUUGAUACAACCCCCCACCAGAAUAUAGAACUAUAACCCUCUAAAUAUCAUACCACAAAGCUGGUCUAAUCGUCAAUCUGGGUUGUAUCAUGUCCUCCUCCUGCUCCACUACAGAAACAACCUAACUCUUUCCAGGAUUUCAGCAUAAUAAAGCAUCUACACUUCCCCUUCUUCAGAACCACCUCUCCCAUCUGCUGCUAAUCCAGUAAACUAUCUGCUCCCCACUAUCACCAUGUCCACCAAGUCCAAAUCUACACUGCCAGAAACCCCAAAGAGUAAAGUUUCACCUGCAACUCCUAGGGGUGGGGGUAAAGUGAGCAGGGGAGCAUCCAAGUUUGAUGCUGACUCGCCUUUGCAGAACUUGCGCUCUUCAGUUGACAAGUCUCCGAAACCGGUUGCUCCUAAGGCUUCUUCUGCGGAGAGGCCUUCCACUAAGCUUGCCACUCCACCUGAUAAAAAGCCAACUCGAAUACUGAAGCCAUCAGAGCUCCAGACAGAACUCAGUCUUGCUCAGGAAGAUCUCAAGCAAGCCAGGGAGAAGAUAGCGUCCGUAGAGAAGGACAAAGCCCAAGCUCUUGAUGAUCUCAAGGAAGCAAAGAGGUUAGCAGAUGAAGCAAACGAGAAGCUUAGGGAAGCUUUGAUAGCUCAAAAGCGGGCGGAAGAGAACUCCGAAAUCGACAAGUUCCGUGCUGUGGAGAUGGAGCAAGCCGGCAUCGAAGCUGCUCACGAAAAAGAGCAGAAAUGGGCGAAAGAGAUCGAAGCAGUGAGGAAUCAACAAGCGUUGGAUUCGUCUUCUCUUCUGUCCAUCACACAGGAGCUUGACCUGGUCAAACACGAGCUCGCCGUGACGAACGAUGCCAAAAACCAGGCUCUCUCCCGGGCAAACGAAGCCAGUAAAGUCGCCGAGAUUCACGCUGAAAAUAUCAAAACCCUAACUGCAGAGUUGGCGCGCGUCAAAUCAAUGGUGGAUUCCAGAUCUGAGAUGAAUCUCGAGAUAGAGACUCUCCGAGAAGAACUCGAGAGAACAAAAAAUUACGAACUGGAAUUGAUGGAGAAAGAGGAUAUCUUAGAGAAACUCAAAGUUGAUUUGGAGGCUUCGAAGAUCGCCGAAUCAUAUGCGUGCAAUUUGGUGGAGGAAUGGAAGAAGACAGUUAAUGCAUUAGAGCUCGAGACUGAAGAAGCGCAUAGAAACGAGAGGUCUUCAUUGGAACAUCUAGAAUCUUCCAUGAAGCAAUUGGAAGAUAGAAACGAAUCGCUCCACAAGGCAGAAUCUGAAAUUGCUUCUCUCAAAGAGAAGAUUAUGUCAUUGGAAUCCUCCAUUGAAAGAAAUAAAGGAGAGCUCGAAGAAUCAGAAUAUCACCUUAAGAUAACCCAGGAAGAGGCCUCUGAGCUUGUGAGAAAGGUCGAAUCCCUUAGCUUCGAGCUAAACAUCAUAAAGGAUGAGAAAAUUCAAGCUUUGAUGAACGAAAAACUAGCAGCCGAGAGUGUCGAAAAGCUGUUGGAAGAAAAAGAUAGACUUCUUGAGGACUUGAAGAAUUCCAGGGAGGAAGAAGAAGCAAGCAAGAGAGCUGUGGAGGAUCUGACAUCAGCUUUGCAUGAAGUCUCUUCGCAAGCGAGAGAAGCCAACGAGAAGCUGUUGUCCAGCCAAGAAGAGACUAAAGAGUAUGAAACACGGAUUGAAGAUCUGAAGAUAGCACUGAAAAACACAAAUGAGAAGUAUGAAGAUAUGCUUGGCGAUGCAAAGCAAGAAAUUGAUUUGCUCACAAAGACUGUUGACCAGUCUAAGCAAGACUAUGAUAUCUUCAAAGCUGAGCAAGAGGAAAAGGAGCGUAAUUUGAUCACAAAAGCCGAGGAAGCAAGUUCUUCAAUGGAAAAAGAAAUUGAUACACUUGCAAACUUAUUAAAACACGCACAAGAAGAAGCUUCGAAUGCAAGAGAAAGCGAAGCAAAUUUGAAAACAAGCUUGAGUGAGACCGAGCGUGAGGUCAUCUAUCUAAGGGAGGUUCUCAGGGACACUAAGGCCGAGGGCAUGAGACUUAUGGAGUCUCUGAUGGAGAAAGAAACCGAACUGCAAAGUAUUCUGCAGGAGAAUGAGGAGCUUCAAAUCCGAGAGGCAAUGGCAUUGAAGAAGAUUGAGGAAUUGUCCUUAAUGCAUGAAGAAGCUUUGGCUAGAAAACAAGAUGGAGAAGACGGAGAGCUUACAGAGACUGAAAAAGAUAUUGAUAUGCUCCAACCAGAUGUAGAACAAAAUGGUGUUGCAGAAGAAAAACCUACGCUAAAGGAAGAAGUUCAAGAAAAUGAAGUGGCCAGAGGUGAACCCCAAGAUGAUAGUAAUGGAACUGAAGAACUUGAAGUGAAAGAGAGUGUGAGGGAAGAAAAGAAAGAUAACGGUUGUGUAGAAGAAGGUGAGUUUGAAAGGCAGGAGAGCUUCCAGUUUGGGGAGAAAGAUUCAAGUCCAGAAAGAGUGGCUGAACCAGAAAAGGAUCCAGAGCAAAAGGAAGAGGUGUGUGAGAAGAAGUAUGAUCAGCCAAAUGGGCUAAAAUCAUCAAUAGAAAAGCAUGACAAUAAUGUGAUUGCCUCUCCGGGAACGCAACAAAGCCCAAAGAAGAAGAAGCCUUUGCUAAGUAAGUUUGGAAGCUUUAUGAAGAAGAAAGGUACUGUGAGCCAGAAGUAACAGACUUACAGACCUUUAGUAGAUCAGAUAUUAUGGAUUGGAACUAUUUGCUUCAUGCUUUUUUAUUGUUCAAAUUCGAUUUGUUUCCUAUUACUUGAAUCGGCAUUAAAAAUGGGGUAGAAACCUCUAGUGGUCUUGUUUUUCUUCUGCUGAUUUGGGUAUUUUCUUACAGCUUAUUUCUCAGUAUGAUAUGUCAUGUUUAGGAGUGUGUCCUUAGUGUGAUUAUAUGCCUGUUGUAUCAGUAUAUUAAACCCUUCAAACGAAAGAUAUUUGAUGUACUAUGGUCUAUGUACUUCUUACAUCUACUUAAUCCAAAUUUGAUCCUAAUGGCUUGUGCUAUGGUUUAACAGUUGCCAUCAGAUCGAUAUUCGAAUAA